UACAUUUUUCGAAUUAUUAUUUUACUCUAUUUCAAAAUGUUAAAAUUAAAUAAAGGUCUUGCCUUUUUCACCCCAUUAUUGCUUAAUUAUUAUUACUACAACGCCCAAUUUAAUAAAUAAGUAAAAUUCGAUAAAAAUAAUUUAAAUUCUGCAAAAAUAAGUCAAGUUCAGUAAAAAUCAGUUUUAUUAAGCAAAAAUCAGUAAUUUCAAUGAACAUAUACAAUAGCAAAUCAGUAAAAGUAAGUUUUAAUCAGUAAACAUAAUUGCAGCUCAAAAGAAUAAUUGAAGUUCACAAUUUGUUUAUGUUCAACCAAAAUAAUUUAAGCUCGGUAAAAAUUAGGAGAAGAGAACAGGACGUUAGAGGAGCAUUUUCUUAUUACUCACUCCGUUUGUCCUAUGAAAAUAGUGUUUUAUUAAGAUUCAAAGUGGGCGAGCAAAAUGUAUUUUAUACGAGUGUAAAGUGUUGUCCUAUGAACUUUCAUGUUAACAGGGCAAUCUUUAGAGACGGUCUAAAACGGUAAAUGGGGUAAAUAAAAGAGAUAGAGGGAGUACACUCUACCUCUUUCCUUGAAAUGUACGGAGUAAUCACAAGUACAGUAAGCUGGAAGAACUGUGCAAAAAUGGAAAAGACUAUCAAAGCCGAUGGCAUACAUUAGUCGUUGCAUACAAGACAUUGGGAGUGGUUUUUGGAGGAUUAGUGACAUCCCCACUUUAUGUAUAUCCUUCAAUGCCCUUGAAGUCUCCAACAGAAGAGGACUACUUGGGAAUUUAUAGUAUUAUGUUUUGGACUCUUAGCCUCAUUGGGGUUAUCAAGUAUGCAAGCAUUGCACUCAAAGCUGAUGAUCAAGGGGAAGGCGGAACAUUUGCUCUAUAUUCAUUACUUUGUAGGCACAUGAGAAUAGAAAAUCUUUCUGCAAGAGAUGCAGAUUCUUCUGGAGUUUCAGAUUCUGAGGGUCAAGAAAAGCAGAGUAGGCUUGGUAAAAUAUUUAAGAAAAGUGUGGUGGCUAGAAGGGUGUUGCUCUUUAUCUCUAUUCUGGGCAUGUGUAUGUUGAUUGGCGAUGGUGUACUUACUCCUGCAAUCUCAGUGUUGUCUGCAAUUGAAGGCAUAAGAGCUCCUUUCCCUAAAGUAAGCAAAUCUACAGUUGAAGCUCUUUCGGCUAUAAUUCUCAUAUUUUUGUUUCUGCUACAAAAGUUUGGUACUUCACGUGUGAGCUUCCUUUUUUCCCCUAUCAUGGGUAUGUGGACCUUGACUACUCCUCUGGUUGGGAUUUACAGCAUCAUAAGACACUACCCAGGUGUAUUCAAGGCUUUAUCACCACAUUACAUUCUCAUGUUUUUCUCCAAAAAUGGGAAGGAAGGUUGGCAGUCUCUUGGUGGCACAAUCCUCUGCAUUACAGGAUCUGAAGCCUUAUUUGCUGAUCUAGGUCAUUUUAGCAGAAGUUCCAUCCAGCUUGCAUUUCUGUUCACUAUAUACCCAUCCCUGGUUUUCACAUAUGCGGGGCAGACAGCUUAUCUCAUCAAACACCCCCAUGAUCAUGAAGAUGGAUUUUACAAGUUCAUACCAAGUCAGGUCUAUUGGCCUAUGUUUGUUAUAGCUACGCUUGCAGCUGUUGUAGCUAGUCAAUCGUUGAUUUCAGCCACCUUUUCACUUGUCAAACAGUCUGUUGUGCUGGAUUAUUUUCCCCGUGUCAAAGUGGUGCACACUUCCUGUAGCAAAGAAGGCGAGGUUUACUCCCCAGAAAUCAACUACAUCCUCAUGAUUCUAUGUGUUUCUGUCAUACUUAUCUUCGGAGAUGGAAAAGACAUUGGAAAUGCCUUUGGUGUUGUUGUCAGUAUGGUCAUGCUUAUAACUACCAUACUUCUGACUCUGGUCAUGAUUGUAAUCUGGAGAACCUCACCAGUAUUAGUAUUCCUAUUCUGCUUUACAUUUUUAACAAUGGAAAGCAUAUAUGUCAGUGCUGUAUUGAUCAAAAUUCCAGAGGGUGGAUGGAUCCCUUUUGCGAUUUCAUUCAUCCUUGCAUUCAUCAUGUUCGGUUGGUACUAUGGACGGCAAAGAAAGGUUGACUAUGAGUUGACACACAAGAUUAACAUUGACAGACUCCGGGUACUAUUAUCUGAUCCUGGUGUACAAAGGGUCCCUGGAAUUUGCUUCUUCUACACCAAUAUUCAAGAUGGCUUAACACCUGUGCUUGGACAUUACAUCAAAAACAUGAGAUCUCUUCAUAAGGUCACUAUUUUCACGACCCUACGAUACUUAUUGGUCCCAAAAGUUGCACCAAAUGAGAGAAUUAUAAUCAGCAAAUUCGACCUGAAAGGGAUUUAUGGGUGCAUAAUUCAAUACGGUUAUGCAGAUUCCUUGCAUCUUGAAGGAGGAAACCUUGUGAAUCAAGUAAUUGUUUGCUUACAGGAUUUUAUAACACAUUACUCUGGGCAUUUGUCAUGUGAUGAAACGGGUAUCCAAGAAGAGCUUACGAACUUGGAAGAAGCCAUGAAUGUUGGUGUUGUGCAUGUUGGAGGGAAGACAAGGUUUCAUAUAGGUCAGAAUUGUAGCUGGUUUGACAGAAUUAUGCUUGCAUUUUAUGAAGUCAUGCACAGUAACUGUCGGUCUUCUCUGCCUGCUUUAGGAGUGCCACUUCCCCAGCGUAUGGAAGUUGGUAUGCUUUAUGAGGCUUGAAAUCAAAGGGAGUGAUCAAGGUUUGUUACUCUUUUUCUGCAUAUGCAAUGAAAUAACAGUGCUUUUUUUAUGUGCAAGGAUAUUGUUUGAAGAUAAUUUUAGUUCUUGCAGAUGUAAUUUCCUUGUAUAUUAUAGUAUAAAUUGUGCAGAAUAAUACCAUUAUUUGAAAUGCCUUACUGUCAUUUCAGAAUGCACAUUACUCCAUCUUGGUUUUA